UUAUCGGAAAUAUCAAUCGACAAUAUCCCGAUAAACCGCAAUCAUGGGAAAGGUUCACGGAUCCCUCGCUCGUGCCGGAAAGGUCAAGUCUCAAACACCAAAGGUUGAGCCACAAGAGAAGAAGAAGCGCCCCAAGGGACGUGCUGCCAAGAGAGAGAAGUUCGUUCGUCGUUUCGUCAACGUUACUUUGACCGGUGGCAAGAGAAAGAUGAACCCCAACCCAGGAGCUUAAAUAACCAAAAAUUGAUGGAUGGGGAACAAGAGGGGCGUUGCUUGUUACUACACACAAGAAUUUCACCACGAUGGGUUUACGAUUACGAUUCAGGAACUAGAGAAUAUCUACUUCAAGUUCGGACGGGAAUCCAUUGGUUGAAGGGAAAGCAAUCUUCUUUAAUGGGCGUAUAUGUACAUUUGAGGAAGUGGUUUGCUGCUGAAUUGAGAUCAAUGUUAUCUUGAUCUUUCUCCGUCUCAAUACUUGUUCAUUGGUUUCUGCAGAUGUGAUGUGAUAUUACGAUGUUUUCUUACGCUGCAAAAUGCUGAAGGCGAACUGGGUGGCCCAUUUGUGUGGAGUAUCGGCCGAGGUCUUGAGAAAUGGCCAUGGGCUGGCCAUCGGCCAGGGGUACUAGAGAUUCUAGCCACGAAUCUCGGUCCCCUAGAUUUCAUAGGGAUCUGACGACAAUCAACAGGUUUCAACAUCUUCACAUUUCUCUUUCGGUGUUGUGGACACCCGCAAGCCAUAUAUGAUACAAUCACGAGUUGAAUGAACCUUU